UCGACUCAAACCCCAGAUGCGUCGAUUUUCGUAACCGUUUCAGUGUCGAAAGUGGAGCGUGUGUUUGUUUUUUUGCGAAUUUUGGGCGUUUUUUGUAUGUGAAAGAUGUCUGAAGUGCGCCGGAAGACCCCCGAGUUGACGUUCGACUUGGAGCCCCCCAAUGACCUGGACUCGUCAUCGGGCUGUGAGCUGUCUUUCGAACUAUCUAGUGACUACAUCCGAAGUCCCUCACCGAGACGCACCACCAACCCGUCGUACAGCCCCCCGUAUAAGCGAGUCCGUGCCUUGCGGUUGUUCGACAGCCCCCUCACCCCCAAGACAAUCAUCCAGAAGUCGGCCACGACGCCGGCCCCCAGGUGUCGACUCUUCACGGAGAAGCCCCGCAGUGUCACCAACACGAAACAGAAACCGGUGGCCAAUGUUAACCCAUUCACCCCAAAUGGUUUUUACCAGAAUAAGAAACGCAUGAGAUCGACGAGUUCGUUACAAAUCCCCAAAUUUGAUUUAAACGAAUCGGAUGUGUCAGAUAUUGAGAAUGAGCCCCCCGCAAAACGGGUGCCUCUACAAGAAAACAACAUCUCACGGUACCACCAGGAGUUCCUCGAGCUGGAAUUGAUCGGUUCUGGUCAAUUCGGUUCGGUUUACAAGUGUGUAAACCGGUUAGAUGGUUGCAUUUACGCGAUUAAAAAGUCGACGAAACCGGUCGCGGGGAGUGUCUUUGAGAAAACGGCCUUGAAUGAGGUCUACGCCCAUGCUGUCUUAGGCAAACACCAGCAUGUGGUGAGGUACUACUCGGCUUGGGCUGAAGACAACCACAUGGUGAUCCAGAACGAGUAUUGCAAUGGGGGCUCCUUGGCCGAUCGGAUCCAAGAGGGCCCCCUAAGUCCCGUCGAACUCCGCCAAAUGUUGAUGCACGUCGCUGAGGGGCUGCGCUACAUACAUUCCGAAGGUCUGGUUCAUCUUGACAUCAAACCGGGCAAUAUUUUCAUAUCAAGAGAGAAGAAAAUCCAAUUCACUAAUUACGACUCCGCCGAUGAUGGUUUCGAAGACUUGGAGGAGAGUCACUACGAGGAGGAGCUGACAUACAAAAUCGGCGAUUUGGGCCAUGUGACCAGUCUGAGUAACCCCCAGGUGGAAGAAGGGGAUUGUCGUUACCUCCCCAAGGAGAUACUCCACGAGGAUUAUAGUCAUUUGACCAAAGCUGAUAUUUUUGCCCUAGGUUUGACGGUGCUUGAGUGUGCGGGGGCGGGGCCACUACCGAAAAACGGCGACGAUUGGCACAAAUUGCGCGAAGGGGAGGUGCCAAAAUUGUCUCAGAAUUUGAGUAGGGAUAUGACCAGUUUGAUCACGUUGAUGAUACAUCCGGAUCCGACGAUGAGGCCUGGGGCUUCUCAGAUUUUGCAUCAUCCGGCCCUGUGCCCCGUAGGGAAGAAAACAAGGGCCCAAUUGCACCGAGAAUUAAAUGCGGAAAAAUUGAAAAACGAAAUUCUGGCGAAACAGUUGAAAGAAGCGGCGAUUUGUAUCAAGUCGAUAGCCCCCGAUAGUAAACAGUUGAAGAGCGUGACGAGGAUUAGUAAUCGGUUGAUUGGAAAAAAGGUGAAUAGGAGCAGCAGCACUACCACGUUCUAGGGAUUUUGGUUUUAAUUUAUUUACCAGGUGAUGAGCUGUUUUCGUUUCAUUUGGGAAACGGAAUUUAGGCUUUAGACGUGUAGACUGAUAUUGAUAGCAAGGCUGUAACCGUUUUUAAUUAAAUUGUUAAUUUUGAGAGCUUGUUUGUACACUAAUCAAAAUUUUUUCAGGUUCAACGUUUCAAACUUUUUUUCUAUUUUACAUAUUUUAUACUUAUAGCUUAGAUUUAUUUAAAGGUAUUUGUUAUUUUAUGUGAUAAUUAUUUUUAAAAGAUUAGGGUAGGUAUAGAAGAACACUGUAACUUUACAUUCCUUAUAACUUGUGCCUUUGUCGCAUCAAUUUAUUGUAGCGAAUUGUUUGCGUACUCUCUUGAUUUCUAAUAAAUUAUACCAAAUAAACCAUUAGUCGCAUCCAGAA